ACUCCAAGAUUCUGCACUCGCAAACAAAAUGGCCGAAAAAGUAGAGUUGUCAGAUCAAUAUCACAUAGAGACAGCUUAGAGCAUAGCCGAACCUCUUAUUAUUUACACACACACACACACACACACAGCACACUAAAGAAAAUAAAAGAAAAAUAUAUGGCUUCCUUUUCUUCUUCUUGUUUGCUGCUGCUGGUUGUGUUUGUGUUUGUGUUUGAUAUAGCUAUAGGUAUAACAGCAUCAAUUCCGAGUUAUUUUCCCGGUGGAGCUGCUCUCCACUCCUCCCUGAAGAAAAGUGGGAAGAAGAUACCAUAUGAAACCCAUUAUUUCCCUCAGAAUUUAGACCAUUUCACAUUCCAGCCUAGAAGCUACAAAAUCUUCAACCAGAAAUAUCUCAUCAACAGGAAGCACUGGCAAAAGGGAGCCCCCAUUUUCGUGUACACAGGAAAUGAAGGAGAUAUUGAUUGGUUUGCUUCCAACACUGGCUUCUUGCUUGAUAUUGCUCCCAAAUUUCACGCUCUUGUUGUUUUCAUUGAGCAUAGGUUCUACGGAGAAUCGCUGCCAUUUGGGAAGCACUCAUACAAGUCGGCAAAGACAUUGGGAUACUUAAAUUCACAGCAGGCACUCGCUGAUUAUGCUCUUCUCAUAACGAGUUUGAAGCACAACUUGUCCUCUGAUGCAUCCCCUGUUGUGGUCGUUGGAGGCUCUUAUGGAGGAAUGCUUGCUGCUUGGUUUAGACUGAAAUAUCCCCAUAUUGCUAUGGCUGCAUUGGCAUCUUCAGCCCCAAUCUUGCAGUUCGAUGACAUUACUCCGUGGUCUAGCUUUUAUGAUGCAGUUUCCCAGGAUUUCAAGGAUGCCAGCUUAAACUGUUAUCAAGUAAUAAAGGCUAGUUGGGCAGAGUUGGAAGCCAUUGCAGCAUACAAACAAGGUCUAGUGGAGCUCAGCCGCAGUUUCAGAGCUUGCAAAAAAGUUAACUCGAUUUACUCUGCACGAGAUUGGCUGUGGGAAGCCUUUGUUUAUGUAGCAAUGGUGAAUUAUCCUACAGAAGCUAAUUUCAUGAAGCCAUUGCCUGCCUACCCUGUAAAAGAGAUGUGUAAGAUUAUCGAUGGAUCCCCACCAGGAACCACAAAGCUCAGCAGAGUUUUUGCAGCUGCGAGCUUAUACUACAAUUACUCUCGUGGUGAAAAGUGCUUCGCCAUAGAAAAUCAAGCCGAUGAACAUGGCCUUCAUGGUUGGAACUGGCAGGCAUGCACGGAGAUGGUGAUGCCGAUGGUGGUGACGAAGGAGAGCAUGUUUCCUCCAUUCUCAUUCAGCUACGAAGAGUAUGCAGAUGAGUGCAUGAAGAGCUAUGGAGUAAGGCCUCGGCCGCACUGGAUCACCACUCAAUUCGGCGGCACAAACAUCGAGCAAGUUUUGAAGAGAUUUGGCAGCAAUAUCAUAUUCUCCAACGGACUACAGGAUCCAUGGAGCAGAGGCGGCGUGUUGAAAAACAUAUCUACGAGCAUCGUGGCCCUGGUGGCUGAUAAUGGAGCACACCACACAGAUUUGCGUGGUGCAGUGGAAGAAGAUCCGGAGUGGCUAAUCCAACAGAGAAAGCAAGAAGUUGAGAUAUUGCAUAACUGGAUAUCUCAAUACUAUCUAGACAUGAAGCAUUCAACCUAGUUUUAUAUCAUAGUUCAUAUGCAUCAACGAAAAUAUCAUUGUAACCAACCUUGUUUAUUAUCAAUAUAAACUUGUGCAA